CUCAUCUUCUGUGUCCUCGUCUACCAAGUCUUCUCUAGUAACCCGCCUCCCUCGCCAUAUCAGUGAUGUCGUCAUCUUCCAGGCUCUACAUCCCCGUACACCGACGGGAACCUUCAACAGGUUCGCCGAGCUCAACAGAGGUCUCGCCACCAGCGGACUCGUUGUCGCCCUUGCCUCAUGAUAAUCGGCCUAUCUACACGCCUUCAGACAUGCUACUAUUAGCAUCAUCGCCACUGCCAAAGUUGUCGCGUGAGGAAUUGAGCGCCUUGCGAGCUGCGGUACCGGAAAUCAUGCAGAGCCAGAGGCAGCGCAAAUUGCACGAAUGGAAUAUGAGCUUUGGUCCGUACUGGCCUGGGAAUCCCCGUAGGCGCUCUCAAUUCCCUUUGCGGUCGCAUUCAAGCACUUCUGAGUCUGAAGGGGAGGAACAAGGAUGGAGGAAAUAA